ACACCUUUCACUACCACUCCUGCACAGCACAGCCUGCACUACACCAACCAACCACCAAAACCCUUCUUCCCCCAUCGAAAGCCCAUCUCACUCUCCUCCCCGCCGCCGCCGCCAAGCCUGCGCGGCGCCCUCCCCUCCCGAUCGCCAUGGCCUCCAUGGCGUUCACCGCCGCCAAGUUCCUCCCUGCCACGGCGCCCACGCACCUCGACUCCUCCCCGCGCCUCUCCCCGCCCCGCGCCGGUAGCCUCUCCUUCUCCCCGCUCUCCUCGUCGUCGUCCGCCCUCCUCCUCCGCCUCCGAUCCCCGUCCCCGUCUGGUCCGUCUGGGCCAGGUGGCAGGCUGCCCCCGCCGCCGCGCUCCUACGGCGGCGGCGGCGGAUCUGGCGACGCCGCGGAUUCCGGGGGCAGCAGCGGCGGCAUCCUCGGCAUCUUCCUCGCCGGGUGGGCGGCACGCGUCGCCGCGGAUCCGCAGUUCCCGUUCAAGGUGCUCAUGGAGGAGCUCGUCGGCGUCAGCGCCUGCGUGCUCGGCGACAUGGCGUCCCGCCCGAACUUCGGGCUCAACGAGCUCGACUUCGUCUUCUCCACCCUCGUCGUCGGAUCCAUCCUCAACUUCGUCCUCAUGUACCUCCUCGCGCCCACCGCCGGCGCCUCGGCCGCCGCGUCCGCCGCCGCGUCGGGGCUCCCCAGCCACAUGUUCGAGGCCGGCGCCUACUCCUUGGGCUCCCGCGUCGCGACGCUGCUAUCCAAGGGCGCCACGUUCGCCGCCGUGGGGUUCGCCGCGGGGCUCGCCGGCACCGCGAUCUCCAACGGCCUCAUCUCGCUGCGGAAACGCAUGGACCCGGCGUUCGAGACCCCGAACAAGGCGCCGCCCACGCUGCUCAACGCCGCUACCUGGGCGAUCCACAUGGGGGUCAGCAGCAACCUGCGGUACCAGACGCUGAACGGCGUCGAGUACCUGCUCGCCAACGCCGCGCCGCCGUCGGUGUUCAAGGUGUCCGUCGUUGCUCUCCGGUGCAUAAACAACGUGCUGGGUGGCAUGUCCUUCGUGCUACUCGCGAGGUUAACCGGGUCGCAGAAGUCUGAUGCGCCGGCCGCCUCGGCGACUGCGGAGGAGGAGAAGGAGAGGUUGAUAGCCGUGGGCAAUGACAUUGCCGCAGACGCCGUCGGCGCGGGAAGGGAUGGAGAGGGUAAGUGAGUGGAUGCAUAAUGCAUAUGCUUGCUUGCUUGCAUCGCUCAAGCUUCGUUUGCGGCUUCUUGGACAUGGGCCAAGAAAGCUCUGUAGAUGAUAAGCCGGUUGGCUUGGCAAUAAGGAGUGAGGCUUGAAACAAUUUGUUCAGUCCAUCUUUGGUGUUCUUGGUUUAAUCUGUCGACAUGCUUAGUUGAUCUUAGAAUAAAGCUUUACCUUUUUUCUGUUGCU